AUGUAUUUCUCGCAAUCAAUUCUUGCUGUGCCCGUGCUGGCCCUUCUUGCAUCCAAUGUUGUUGCUAUUCCUCAUCGCAGAGAUACUCAGAGCCGCCCAGAUAAUCAUACACUGAACCGCGAGAGAGCAGAUGCAGUCAAGGAAGCAUUUACGUUUGCUUGGGAUGGGUAUCACAAAUAUGCCAUGGGCCAUGAUGAGUUGCAUCCAGUGUCCAACGGUUACGGUGAUUCGAGGAAUGGCUGGGGCGCGAGCGCGGUAGAUGCUUUCAGUACAGCGCUUGUAAUGCAAAUCCCAGAGAUAGUAGACACUAUUCUAGAGUACAUCCCAACUAUCAAUUUUGAUGAGACUGCCGACGAGAUCUCGCUUUUUGAGACCACUAUUAGAUAUUUAGGAGGGCUUCUUUCAGGGUACGAUUUACUGAAGGGGCCAUUGUCAAACCUUGCCUCAAAUGCCACUGCUGUUGAAGCAAUUCUCGCCCAAGCAGAACGGCUUGGUAGUAAUUUGGCGUUCGCUUUCGACACGGAGUCGGGCGUUCCUACCAAUAGCCUCUACUUUAACCCAUCAAGAACCGGCGGCGGAACUACAAACGGCCUCGCAACUACUGGAACGCUUGUACUUGAGUGGACUCGCCUUGGAGACCUGACGGGCAACAAGACUUUCUCUAAACUAUCGCAGAAAGGCGAAUCUUAUCUCCUAGCACCAAAACCAGCCAGCUCGGAACCUUGGCCAGGACUUGUAGGCAUGAACAUCAAUAUUAAAACCGGCCAGUUUGAAGAUGCGUUUGGAGGAUGGGUCGGCGGAGCUGAUAGCUUUUACGAGUAUCUAAUCAAGAUGUACGUCUACGAUACGACUAGAUUUGAGUCAUACAAGGACCGUUGGGUUGCUGCAGCGGACUCGAGCAUCGCUCAGCUUGCCAGUCAUCCAUCUUCUCGACCAGAACUGACAUUCAUGGCCAUGUACGAUGGCAAAAAGCUCAUCUAUCAAUCUCAGCAUCUGGCGUGCUUUGAUGGCGGAAGCUUUAUUCUCGGAGGCCUGGUACUGAAGGAACAAAAGUACAUCGAUUUUGGUAUCGCGCUAGUUGAUGGGUGCGAAGACACUUACAGCAGCACCGUGACAGGUAUCGGCCCCGAAAGCUUUCGCUGGGUGACUAAAGACACCGACCCCAAAGAUUCGCGCAACCCACAACCCCCCGCGGAUCAAGCCGACUUUUUCGCAAAAUCUGGUUUCUUCAUCACCGAUUCAUCUUACGUGCUUCGCCCCGAGGUGAUAGAGAGCUUCUAUUAUGCCUACCGAGCAACCGGUGAUCAGAAGUACAGAGAUUGGGCGUGGAAUGCCUUUGUUGCGAUUAAUUCCACUGCACGCACGGGAAGUGGCUUUGCAGAGCUGAAAAAUGUUAACGCUCCCAAAGGCGGGGGGUUUAAUGAUUUCCAGGAUAGUUUCCUGUUUGCUGAGGUGCUGAAGUAUAGCUACUUGAUUCAUUCUCCGGAUAACGUCUGGCAAGUUGAGCAUAAUGGUGUCAACCAAUUCGUCUUUAACACCGAGGCCCAUCCUUUCAAGGUCGCUGGACCACCCAUCUAA